CUUUUGUUUAAAAAAUAUAAAUUCAUUAUGGUCACCAUUUCAAUAGUAUUAACAUAAAAAUUAAAUUUACAACUUUUGCAGGCACACAAUGAGGAUAAUACACUUAGCGUUUGUUUUUCUUUUAAUACACGGUUACACAUUUGCUCAACAAGGUUACAAAUACCCACCACCAGAUAUACCUUUUCCCGAAGGAGGAACGGCUCCAGGUAGUACUCCAGGUUAUCCUGGAUCAACCCCACAACCUUUUCCAUCAACUACUGGUAGACCAUCAAUACCCGGAAGCUAUCCAGGGCAACAACCUCAAGGACCCACUGGUGGUUAUCCAGGAAGACCGAGCACCCACUUCCCUCCAAGUUCUGUUGGCCCCACUGGCACUCCAGGUGGUUAUCCGGGUUCCACCCCCGGAUACCCAUCAGGGCCUUCAUCGACAGGAUUCCCACAACCAACUACUCCUGGAUAUCCAGCAACCACAGGUGCACCUCAAUACGGUCCUCCAACCACUCCAAGACCGGGAUUUCCGGGGCAGCCAACAGGACCGCAACAAGGUUAUCCCGGACAACCGACUGGACCACAAGGUUAUCCGGGACAACCUACAGGACCCCAACCAAGUUUCCCAGGGCAACCGACAGGACCUCAACAAGGUUACCCAGGACAACCAACUGGACCACAACAGGGGUAUCCUGGGCAACCUACCGGACCUCAGGCUGGUUAUCCGUCUGGAAGGCCACAAGGACCUGGAUUUCCAACACCAGGUGGUGCCCCAUCAACACCAGGCUUUAGUCCAACUUAUCCUGGACAACCUUCAGCACCAGGAUAUCCUGGAGCAGGACCAACGACGCCAGGCUAUCCAGGAGCAAGACCAACCACACCAGGCUACCCAGGAACAGGACCAACCACACCAGGCUAUCCAGGAGCAGGACCAACCACACCAGGCUAUCCAGGAGCAGGACCAACCACACCAGGCUAUCCAGGAGCAGGGCAACCAUCAACACCCGGCUAUCCAGGUCCAGGACAACCAUCUACACCAGGAUAUCCUUCCACUCCAGGGUUUCCGUCAACUCCAGGCUAUCCCGGAGCGGGACAACCUCCUAGACCAGGUUAUCCAGGCACAGGAUUUACUCCAGGUUAUCCAUCGAGUCCUUUGCCAACCUCUCCCGGAUAUCCACAACCACCUACUGGAUAUCCUUCCACUGGACAACAAGUAGGACCAACUGGUCCCACUACAGGAUUUCCCACUGGAGUACCUUCAUAUCCUGGCCAAAGACCAUCAUUACCAGGCCCAGGUGGUUUCCCUGGUCAAGAACCUUCGUACCCAGGACAAGGACCUGAACUUCAAAUCCCCGGACAGCCCGGAAGACCUGGAGUAUCUGGAGGACCUGGUAGACCUCAAGGGCCUGAAGGUGGGGAGGGUGAAGGAGAAGGAGAUUUCUCUGCAAUUCCUGGACAACCGGACAUAGAUUACCCCAUUUAUGCCACAGUGCCAGAAACGUCUUUCAGAUGCGAUCAACAACAAUUCCCUGGUUAUUAUGCAGAUGUAGAAACUAGAUGUCAAAUCUUCCACGUUUGCGCUAAUAACAAAACAUACGAUUUCAUUUGUCCAAAUGGUACCAUUUUUCAUCAGGAAUAUCUCGUAUGCGUUUGGUGGAAUCAAUUUGAUUGUAAUUCCGCUCCGUCACUUUACGGCAUCAACGAGAACAUCUAUGACUACUCAAUAAUCGGCGCACAACAGCCCCAAGGACCAGGACGUUAUCCGAGCCCAGGAACCACACCUGGAGGAUACCCAGGAACAACACCUGGAGGUUUCCCUGGAAGUACACCCGGCGGUUUCCCUGGAAGUCUACCCGGUGGUUUCCCAGGAACUACUCCCGGAGGUUUCCCUGGAACUACACCCGGAGGUCUACCGGGCACUACUCCAGGAGGAUAUCCGGGAUCCACGCCCGGUACCGGAUUCCCAGGCAGGCCGGGUUACCCAGGACCAUCGCAACCUACACCAGGUUAUCCAGGAACACCGGCUCCGGGUUAUCCAGGCGCUGCAACUCCGGGUUAUCCGGGAGCUCCGUCCCCAGGAUAUCCAGGAGCUCCGUCUCCCGGUUACCCAGAAGUAUCGACACCCGGAUAUCCAGGUUCAACACCGGGAGUACCAGGAACGGGUGCACCCGGAGGAUAUCCAGGAACGGGCCCAACGGGAUACCCAAGUAGACCUGGCACAGGUCCUGGUGGAUAUCCUUCAACUACACCUACCCCAGACGGUUACCCAUCGACUACAGCCAUUGGUUACCCAGGAAGACCAGGAUCAGCCCCAGGUGGUUAUCCCACUGUAACUCCACCACCUGGUAGACCUGGUGGAUACCCCGGUCAAGCUGGUUACCCAUCUGUUAGACCCACUCCAGGAUUCCCCAGCACUCCAGGAUAUGAUGGAACUAGUGGUACUCCUGGUGUAACUCCGGGUUACCCAAGCACAGGCUAUCCAAGUCCAGGUCCAACAGGUGGACCUGGAUCUACUUUGCCAUCAAGAGAAUACUUGCCUCCAGUCGGAAAGUGAAGAAA